CCGGCCAAAUAAAUAAAUAUGUAUUAGCUAUUAGCUAACAGUACUGUAUAGAGACCUGAGUAUUUAUGAGUGGAUGAUGGUACUGUGGCCAGGCAGGCAAAUAUCUUUGUUCUAAGAGACAGAUGCUAGAACAUUUAGGGGUGAAAUGGCACUGUCUUCAAAUUACUAAAGACUGAAUUUCUAUAUCUAGUUGAGAAAUCAAAUUGCCAUGGAGUUAGAGGCCAGAGGAAACAAGUAACAGUCUCUUCUACAACAGUUGAGGAGAAGAGGCUGGGUCAUCGCUGCUCUGGGUAGCUCCGAGAGCCCUCAGUGCCGGUGUUUGCAUGGGUUCGGGUAUAGGAAGAGCCAUGGCCUACAUCCAGUCUGUCUACCCAGAGAUCAUCCACAAGGGCACAUGUGCACAGGUGUAAGCCACGUCCUUCCAUGCCAAUAGUCCUGCGUCAGCUGAGCAUGGCAGCAGUGCAUCAGCAGCACGUGGGACCCUGUGUGCUUUACGGCAGAGGCCCGAAAGCUGUUGUUGCUGUGUCAGGGUCAGCUACGAGGUCGGUGUUCGGUGCUCCAUUGGUGGCUGGCAGCUUGGCCUAGGCACUUCUCUGACUGAGGCGACCAUGGCGGGGGUCACAGCGCUAAUGCGGAAAACUCAAGACUAUGUGAAGACCAAGGAGUUCCGGGAUUACAUAACCAGCACCCACUUCUGGGGUCCUGUGGCCAACUGGGGCCUUCCACUGGCCGCUUUCAAGGAUAUGAAGGCGGCUCCUGACAUCAUCAGCAGCCGCAUGACCACGGCGCUCAUCUUCUACUCCAUGGCUUUCAUGCGCUUUGCCUACCGGGUCCAGCCUCAAAAUUACCUGCUGAUGGCAUGCCAUCUCACCAACAUGGUGGCGCAGAGCAUUCAGGAGAGCCGUUACCUUAAGUACCACUAUGGUGGUGGCGCCAAGGCCAGCAACCCUCCGGUCAAAUAAGCUUGAUGACUAGGGGAUGGGAGAGGUAGCCUGGACUCUAUUCCUCCUAAAGAAAGGUCAAGGAAAACUUUGGUUUGGACUCUAAAACAGUGCAAACCCGAUUUAAACCUGUAGUUUGGCUCAUUAAAAAAGCAUGAAAUUGCUCUUGAGUGUUGCCCGUUUUGUGAACUGCCAGGGAAGAGGUUUCGCAGGUACAGUCAGGGUUAGACAAGGGAGAAAGACAGGAG